AUGAGUGGCCUUGGGGACAGCUCAACGGACCCUGCCAACCCCGACUCUCGGAAGAGGAAAGGCUCGCCCUGCGAUACAGCCCAGAGCAAUGAAAAGCGGCGACGGGAACAGGAGAACAAAUAUUUAGAGGAGCUGGCGGAGCUGCUGUCUGCAAACAUCGGGGACAUCGACACUCUGAGUGUCAAACCCGACAAAUGCAAGAUCCUAAAAAAGACGGUUGAUCAGAUCCAGCAGAUGAAGAGGUUGGAGCAAGAGAAAGCAGCUGAUGAUGAAGUCCAGAAGUCCGACAUCUCGUCCAGCAGCCAAGGGGUGAUUGAGAAGGAGUCUCUGGGACCUCUUCUUCUGGAGGCGUUGGACGGCUUCUUCUUCGUUGUGAACCGCGAAGGGAGGAUCGUCUUCGUCUCCGAGAAUGUGACCAGCUACCUGGGUUAUAACCAGGAGGAGCUCAUGAACACCAGUGUCUAUAGCAUCCUGCACGUGGGGGAUCACGCCGAGUUCGUCAAGAACUUGUUGCCGAAGUCUCUAGUAAAUGGAGUUCCUUGGCCUCAAGAAGCGACCAGGCGUAACAGCCAUACCUUCAGCUGCAGGAUCCGAUAUUUCCAGUCGUGUCUGAUAUGCAUCGCAAGACGAUCAAGACGAUUCCCUCGACCGGCAGCCGUCACCCCUUCAGAAUCCUUCGUGACCAAGCAAGACACCACAGGUAAAAUCAUCUCCAUUGACACCAGUUCCCUGAGAGCUGCCGGCAGGACGGGCUGGGAGGAUUUGGUGCGGAAAUGCAUCUAUGCUUUCUUCCAGCCUCAGGGCAGAGAGCCAUCUUACGCCAAACAGCUCUUUCAAGAAGUGAUGACACGCGGCACGGCCUUCAGCCCCUCCUAUCGAUUCACCUUGAGUGACGGCACAGUGCUUAGUGCCCACACCAAGUGUAAGCUCUGCUAUCCCUCCAGCCCGGAGAUGCAGCCCUUCAUCAUGGGCAUCCACGUCAUCGACAGGGAUCACGGCAUGCUCUCACCCCAGGAGAACACUAACUCCACAAUGUCCCUUCCCCGGGUCAGCCCCUCGCUGAACCCCAGCAUCUCCCCGGGGCAAGGCAUGGCCCUGCCACCCUCCAUCCCUCCCUCAAACGGCAGCACGUUGGCCACCAACGCUUUAAGACGGGGAAAAGCCGGUCCCCAGAACAGUAACCACACUUUGAACCUCAGUAGCUCCCCCAUGAAUAGUCCAGGGAUUACCCCACCGCAGUUCAUGUCUCCGAGGCAUCGGGUCAGCCCAGGGCUGGUGCCCAGACCCAGAGUGCCCAGCAAUCCCUUCUCGCCCACCAUGCCCACCAUGCACUCCCCCGUGGGCAUGGCCAACAGCGGCAGCGGGGGCAGCAGUGGCACCGGUGGCACCAGACCCUUUCCCAGCGCCCCCAUAAACUCUAUGCAGGGGCUGACCGAAGGUCCCAGCACGCCGGUGGGCUACUCCACGCCACCCCCCGUGCUGAGACAGCUCAGCUCCCAGAGCUCGCCCGGCCGCCUCGCCAUGCAACCCAUGAAAGCGGAGUCGAAGGACAGCAAAGAGAUCGCCUCCAUCUUGAGCGAGAUGAUCCAGUCGGACGGAGGUUCGGGGGAUGGCAAACCGCUGGACUCGGGCAUGCUGCACGCCGGCGACAGGCUCUCGGAGGGGGACAGCAAGUGCUCCCAAGCCACCAGCCAUAAGCUGGUCCAGCUCCUGGCCACCACGGCGGAGCAGCAGCUUCGACAUGCUGAUGCGGACACGAGCUGCAAAGAUUCGUUAGCCUGUGCGGGCACCGCUGGCACCUUGGCCUCCGGCAACCCUCCCAACAGCACCUGCCCUUCCUCCCAUAGCUCGCUGACCGAGCGGCACAAGAUUUUGCAUAGACUCCUUCAGGAGGGCAGCCCUUCUGAUAUUACCACCCUGGCCAUGGAGCACGAGAAGAAGGAGAACGCCCCGAACCCCGCCACUACCCCCACAGCUCAGAGCCAGCUGCCGGGAACCCCGGACAUCAAACUGGAGCCAGACGCGCUGAAGAAAAAAGAUGUCAAGGAUCACCAGCUCCUGCGCUAUCUGCUGGACAAGGAUGAGAAGGAGCUUGCUGCAGCCCCGGCGCUGAGCCUGGACGACGUAAAGGUGAAGGUGGAGAAGACGGAGCAGAUGGAGCCCUGUAACACGGUGCCGGUGCCGCUCGCCAAACCUCCUGCCACGGAGGAGGUCAAGCUGGAGACGCAGGGCCAGUUUGCUGCCGAACUGGAGCAGCUGGACCAGCUCCUGCCCUCGCUGGAGAAGGCGGCUCAGCUGCCCGGCUUGUGUGGACCGGAGAGAAACGAGAGCGGCGUGGCCGGUGUUGCCGUCAAACCGGAGAUGCUGGCAGCCCCCCUGCAGCCCAGCACCGCUGCCAGAGCCCCCACGGGACUCAACCCGAUGAACAGCGGGCAGGGCGUGCAGGCUGGUCGGACCCCAUUUGAGUUCUGCGACCCCCUGGAGCCAGCGCAGCUGAGGCCGGUUCCUUGUCCCACCAGCAACGGCAGCAGCCCGCACGCCCGCCGGCAGGGCAGGGGCACGGUGACCGCACCAAACCCCUUCCCACCCGACACAGGAAUGCCUGAGCUGGAGAUGUUGGUGCCAGAUCACCAGUUUGGACAGCCAGGAAUGGGGGAGCAGAUCCCCUGGACGGAUAACAGCAUGGCAGCCAUGAAUCGAGGCGCGCUGAAUAAACCCGAAGACCAGUGCAUCACCUCGCAGCUGGAUGAGCUCCUGUGUCCUCCCACCACGCCGGAGGGUCGGAACGACGAGAAAGCCCUGCUCGAGCAGCUCGUCUCCUUCCUCAGCGGCAAAGACGAGACGGAGCUGGCCGAGCUGGAUCGAGCUCUUGGGAUCGACAAACUGGUCCAGGGCGGAGGGCGGGAAGCCCUGACGGAGGCGCCCCAGCCUUACUCCUCCGCCUCUCCCACCACCAACCUCCCCGGCGCCUUCCCCGGCAUGGUCAGGCAGAAGCCGUCCUUCGGACCCAUGCCCGUACAGGUACCACCACCCCGCGGCGCUUUCCCCACCAGCAUGGCCAUGCAACCCCGGCAGACGCUCAACAGACCCCCGACGGCCCCCAACCAGCUGCGACUUCAGCUGCAGCAGCGGCUGCAGGGGGCGCCCCAGCUGAUCCAUCAAAACCGGCAGGCAAUCCUCAACCAGUUUGCAGCUAAUUCCCCGGUGGGCAUCAACAUGCGGGCGGGGAUGCAGCAGCAGAUCACGCCGCAGCCUCCCCUCAACGCCCAGAUGCUGGCCCAGCGCCAGCGCGAGCUCUACAGCCAGCAGCACCGGCAGCGGCAGCUCAUGCAGCAGCGAGCCAUCCUGAUGAGACAACAAAGCUUCGGAAACAACCUCCCUCCCUCCGCCGGGCUCCCGGUACAGAUCGGAGCCGCUCGCUUGCCCCAAGCACCUCCCCAGCAGUUCCCUUACCCCCCAAACUACGGUACGACCCCGGGAAACCCUCCCACCUCCACCAGUCCCUUCUCGCCGUUGGCGUCUAACCCCGAGGCCGCGCUGGCUAACCGCAGCAGCAUGGUGAACCGGGGGAUGAUGGGCGGCGUCGGAGGGCAGUUCGGCGCCGGGAUGACCCCGCAGAUGCAGCAGAACAUCUUUCAGUAUUCGGGAUCAGGCAUGGGUCAGCAAAGCGAACCCGCCUUUGCCCCGUCGCUCAGCCCCAGCAGCCCCUUGAUGUCACCCCAGCUCCCGCCUUCGCAAAGCCCCAUGCUGCAGCCGGCGCCACCGACACCGGGCUACCAGUCGCCUGACAUGAAGACCUGGCAGCAAGGAGCCAUGGGGAAUAGCAACGUAUUCAGCCAAGCGGGGCAGAGCCAGCCGGCGCCUGCUCAGCAGGGCAUGUACAACAACAUGAGCAUCACCGUCUCCAUGGCGGGAGGAAACACCAACGUCCAGAACAUGAACCCCAUGGCCGGACAGAUGCAGAUGAACUCGCUGCAGAUGCCCGGGAUGAACUCCAUGUGCUCGGAGCAGGUAAAUGACCCGGCGCUGAGACCCGCGGGCCUUUACUGCAACCAGCUUUCCUCCACUGACCUUUUGAAAACAGAAGCAGAUGGGGCGCAGGUCAGUAAGAAACUGCUAAGCACAUCUCAG